AAACAAACAGAUUUUAAUUUUACAUAGCGCAGUAAAAUGGCUGCUGGAAGAUUCUCCACAUCAAUCAAAGACGGUUCGGAUGCGGACUUUGACUACACAUGUACGCCGUGUGGGGAAGACCAUAUAAGGGAGGAAGCUGUCAAGUACUGUCCAGAAUGUGAGGAGUAUCUGUGUACAAAAUGUACCAACCAGCAUGGCCGGAGAAAAGCUACUCUUUCACAUAAGCUACAAGACAAAGACGCCACUAAACGAGGGAAUAUGGUUACCAUAGCUACAAAAUGUCGUUACCAUCCAAACAGAGACAUUGAGAUGUACUGUGGAACCCAUGAUAUGGUCUAUUGCCUGAAGUGCAUAGCAAAGGAACAUAGGUCAUGCAAUGACGUUAGUGAAAUAGAAGGCGUACACAAAUCUCUCGUUCAUCAAAGCGAGGUUCAACGUUUACAGGAUCAGACGAGAAACAUUCAAGAGCGUCUUAUUGCCAUUGAUAGGAAAACACAGAAAAACAUCGUUAGCCUUGAAAAGCAAAGGGACGAUGUACUUGCCAAAAUCGAGGAAAUUGAGAGGAGCUUGAUAGAACAUAUCCGGAAAUUAAAACAUGAAGCAAUUAGCACUCUUAACAAGGACUAUACUUCGGAGAAAGAAGAACUGAAGUAUAAUAUCAACAAGAUGGCAAAUACGAAAAAGGAAAUUGAGACUGUAAGUAGUCAGUUGCAGACAUUUACCAGUAUGGAAGCAGGACAACAGUUUGUUCAGAUGAAACUGAUACAGCAGACUGUAAAUGAUGCAGUAAAAUUGGUUGAAGAACGCGAGGCGACAGGUAGUAAAGCUUUAUGUUUUACAGAAAAUACAGAUUUGAAGACCUCCAUUAUGACAGCAACAUCUUUAGGACGUGUGAAUACAGUUACAGAAAAUGAACGUCAAACUGCCCAAAGAAUAUAUAAGGCGAAAUCAAAGAAGGAGAUCAAUAUCAAAAUGCAAAACGACCGUGACACGUGUUAUAUAUCUGAUGUAUGUCAGCUACAGGACGGUACGAUCAUACUGGCUGACUGCGAUAAUAGGAAGAUUAAGAGGCUUGAUAUGAAUUACAACAUCAAGGAUCACUGUGACCUAGGUGACUAUCCCACGGGUAUCUGUUGUACUGGUCAGAAUGAAGUCGCUGUGAAAAUGGACAACAGCAAGGUUCAGUUUAUAUCAGUCGGCAGUUCAUUGUCUAAGCUGAGAGAGAUAACUGUAGCAGACAGAUGCUGUUGGGGAAUGGCUUACUGUGCUGGAGAGCUGUGGAUAUCUACCGGAAGUGGUGUCAAUGUCUACAGUACAUCCGGUACUUUACUGAAAACUAUUAGCAAAGAUAUCAAUGGUCAGAAUAUAUUUAAAUCGACUACUCAACAUAUGGCAGUCAGUGGGGAAACUGUUAUCGUAACAGACAACAGUGAUGGUGCCGUCUAUCUGGGAAGAGAUUGUACGGUACAAAGAGAACUGCGGGACAAAAGGCUUGUCAACACAUUAGGUGUAAGUGUAUCUAGUGAUGGAACAGUGUUCCAGUCUGGAUUACAUUCGAACAAUAUUGUGAUGUUUGAUAAGAAUGGCAAAUGUCUCGGAGAGUUGGUAGCCAAAGACGCUGGUCUGAAGUAUCCAAUUGCGUUGCAUUAUGACAGCAAAAGAAAUUGUUUAAUCGUUACAUGUGCUAAUUCUGAAAAUGUUAUUAUUUUUGAUAUAUCCGAUUGAUUUUACGUAUUCAUUUCAAUUUCAAAACAACUUAGAGCUGUGCCUAAUGACAUCUAAACGAAUUAUCAAUUUUAAACUAAAGUUCAUUCUUGCAACUGAGGAUGCCUAAUGACAUCUAAAUGAAUUAUCAACUUUAAACUAAAGUUGAUUGAAACUGAUCUGUAAAAAGUUUGUCAAAACUACAAAAUAAUACAAGUCACUUUUAUUUAUCACCAUUCGAAUCCAGUGUUAUACGGUUUUCAAUUUUUCUGAUCUACUGGACGCGGUGACGUUGUCACUUAUGGAGCUUUUGCUGUGUUCGAUCCCCGGGCGGGGUGUAUGUUCUCCGUAACGAUUUGAUAAAAGACUGUGUCUAAAAACAUUCGCUCCCGGUACCUCUGAUUCAUGUGGUGAAGUUGGAAGUAACUUGCGGAGAAAGUUCUGGUACCGAAUCCAGGUUUAACUUAACUGUCCGCCGUUACAUAACUGAAGUACUAUAAUUGAAAAACUUCGUUGCAAGGAAUGAAAGCUUUGUAAAAAUGGUAACAAACGUAAAAUAAUUUAACCGUAUAUGUAAAAACUUUCUACAAAUGUAAAAACGUUGCUGGUGACAUAUGUAAUAAAAAAAAACGUCACAAAUGUAAAAACAAAAUUUUGGUCACAUAUGUAGAAUCAACUUCCUACAAAUGUAAAACAUAAUUUUCGCAGUCACCAUCUAUAUGAAAUAGUUUCGCCUUCUAGUAUCUAAAACAAAAAAAAUAUAUAGCUGAGUGGUCUACACAGUGAUAUUUGUAGUGUGCGCUCGUGUGUGUAGUAAUGGGCCGGUCCGUCCCUCAGUUAGUAUGUUCCUUUUGAAUAAAAUAUAGACCUAGCU